AUGAAGUUUGAACAAUUACCAAAUGAAAUAUUAUUUCAAUGUUUCGAAUAUCUUAAUGUAUUUGAUAUAUUUUAUUCAUUCGAUCGAUUAAAUUAUCGUUUAAAUCGACUUAUUCGAAACAUUUCAUUACAUUUAAAUCUUCCUGAAAAAAAUAAACCGUUAUUUGGUGAAUUUUUUCACAAAAUCUUAUUGAAUUCACGAAUUCGAAAUCAAAUUAUUUCAUUAAAAGUAUCGAUUAAAAGAACAUGUUGUCAAUUGAAUGCAUUUCUCUCGUUCUUUUCAUUUAUUCAAUUUUCUCAAUUACAAUUAUUAACAAUAGCCGAUCUUAACCAAACAAAUAGUGAAGAAAAAAAAUCGAUAUUAUUAUUAUUAUCAAAUUUUCUUAAUAUUUAUUCAAAUGAUAUGGCAGAUGAAAUUUGUGAAAUAUUAUCGAAAUUAUUAUUACCAAAUAUUCAAAUGAAAUUAACAUUUAAUUCAAUAACUAAUUAUAUAACAAUACCAAUUACAUCACUAACAUUUUAUCAAUAUUCUUUGAAUGAUUUAUGGCAAUUAUUCAAAUAUAUACCUAUGCUAAAAUAUCUACAUCUUGAAACAUUGGAUAAUUGUUCGUAUAUAAACAAUAGAUUAGAUCCUGCUGAUAUAUAUGCUUUCCAUUUACAACAAUUAGCUGUGGAUUAUUCAAAGUGUAGUUUUGAAACUUAUCGAUUAUUAUUAAAACAAACACCGAAUUUAAAAAUCUUAACAAUAAAUAUUGAAUAUCAAACAGAUAUUAUUGAUGAUGUACGUUGGCAAAAUUUAAUUGAAUCUUCACUACAACAUUUAGAUAUUUUCAAUUUUAUAUUUGUUAUUCGGAUCGACGAUAUUAUUCUAACGAAAGUUCAUCAAUUUCAAAAUGAUUUUUGGCAUAAAUAUCAUCAUUGGUAUGUCAAUUAUGAAUUUAAUUCAAUGCAUGCAAUAUUCUAUACUAUACCCUAUAUGAAAAAUGAAUACAGCCUAAAACCGAAUAUGAAAAGAUCUGAUGGUUUUAAAUUAAUGAAUAAUUCCAAAGUAUUUAAAAAUGUUACUGGUUUAUUUUUAUUUGUGGAUAUCUUAAAUGAACAUUAUGAAUAUUAUUUUCAAAAUAUUACAUCAUUAACACUGUAUCAAGAUUCAAUGUUGUUUAAAGAACUUGAUUUUCAUCAGCGACAACAAGAAAAUAAAUUUGUUGAAUCACUUCAAAUUACUGUGAACUUAUCUAAUCUUAAACAUCUAAAUAUUAAAAAUACAUGUCAUAUUAUAUCAUCAACUAUGUUAUUACAAAUAUUGAAAAAAGCACCAAAAUUAUCAUCGAUAGCAAUUGAAAAAUCUGCUUUAAUAUCAUUUGUUAUUAAUAAUGAACUAUGUCAAUAUUUCAAUCAAAUGAUUAAAAAACUAGAUAUUAGGAGUUAUUCUAAAGAUAAGUUCAUUCAAUUCAUCAAAUUGAAUAAACUUUGUAAAAUAUUGUUAAAUAUUGAAGAACUCCAAUGUUGUAUUGAACAAACGGACGUGUUUUUAUUCAUAAUAAAUCAUAUGCCAAAAUUAAAAGAUCUCAAAAUUGAUUCUUGGUAUGCUUUUCGUCAAAAAACAUGUGCGUGGUUAAAAAUGACUGCAUCACAACUAAACAUAAAAUGUACUGUUGUAGGAUAUUGUUACCUGUAA